AAAGAUGGCGCCAGCGGUUUCCUUCUCGCAAGCCAAUAGCAGUCGAGGGCAAGCGAGAGCGCUCUCCCGUCGCAGGGGAAGUGACGCACCAGCCCGCGCGAUGGCCCUUUCCUGUUGUUCUUCUUUUUGCCCUGAGCGCACGUGUGCGAAGCUGCGCUUGGACGGUGAAAGGAAUGAGGGGCCGCUGGGAAAGACGGAAAGAGGCUUUGAGUGCACAAUGAAGGGAGACCAGAGCAAGCUCCCAGGUGACACAGUGAAUAAGAAAGAUGUGUUUUAAUGCUUAUGCCUAAAGUCUACUAUGCUAUGGAUGGAUGAUCUGGAAGAGCGAGGUGAGAUUUCUCGUGUUCGGAAUGCUGCCCUUUGGUGAACCUUCUGGAGGACCUUCAUUUAGACACAUAGAAUUCUAGAGUUGGAAGGGACCCUCAUGAUCAUCCAGUCCAACCCCCUGUGAUGCAGGAAUAUGCAGCUGUCCUAUACGGGGAUCGAACCUGCAACCUUGGCAUUAUUAGCACUACGCUCUAACCAAGUGAGCUAUCCAGGCUGACAAUUUGAUGGCACUAGAGCAGAGCAGGAGGUGUGCUGGCCUUCCCUGGCUAAACAGACAGCUGCCAGCACCAUGGUGAUGCUUCUGCCUAAAGAGGAGGCUCUCUCCAGCAGUUGAGGUGAGAACCAGGUUCAGAAGAUUUCAUGUUUAGAUUUGGAAUUCCCGGUGUUUCAAAGCUUCAUGAAAGCACAGAACUGUUGAGUGAGCGAGCGAUGCACGGCCUCUUAUGAAUAUAUCCCGCUGGCAAAUAAUCGUUUUUUUGUCAGACUACCUCAAGGAAGAACAAAGUCAGAACGCAGCUGGCAGCUUUAACUGGAUUUCAGCAGUCCGACUGGGGAGUGUGGCUUGUUUAUAUUUCCUCAACACCAUCUCAUUACAGUGGUACCUCUGGUUACGAAUUUUCAGGUUACAAACACUUUUAACCUGGAACUGAGUGUUUCUGGGGUUUUUUUCUUGUGAAUUUAUUUCGGCAUGUGAACGAGGCCUCGGUAGGCCCCGCCGUGGCCUGUAGCUAGGCUCUGGCACCUACCGAGGCCUCCGCUAUAGGGUUUUGGUCUCGGGGGUGCCUCGCUGCAGCCCAGAGCUAGGCCCUGACAUCCACGGGGCCUACGGAGCCCUCUGCUACCGGGCUCCAGCCGCAGGAGGCCUAGCAGGUCGCAUCCCAGCCCCAAAUGUUAGGUAAGGAACACUUACCUAAUGAAGUCCAGCGGUGAACUUAGUAAGUAAACAAAGUCAGCCUGGGCCAGAAAGCAUUAGCCCUUUACCGGCCAUUGCCCCCACCCCAGCUGGUAGCAAGGUGGGUAGCACCUGGCCAGGUAAUCCUGCCCACCCACCCUGUGGGAGGAGUGGAAAAUUUUGGGAUUCUGCAAGGGAUUUGGGGAUCUGUUUCUGUGAGUACCUUGUGCCUUUGUCUCUGCUUUGCUCGUUUGUUUUGGGGACUUUUGGGGGGCUGCCUCCUGCCAUUAUUUUGGGGGUUGUGUGGAACCCAGUUCAGCUUCUUAUUGAUUGACUGUGGGACUGCUGACAUGGAUAAAAGCAGCAGAGGCAAGAGAUCUGUGAUAACCGUUGAGGUAAAGAAGCAGAUUAUUUCCAAACAUGAAAGCGGGGUCCGUGUAAGUGAACUGUCAACGCAGUUUGGUAUGGCCAAAUCUACAAUUUGUAGCAUCUUAAAAAAUAAAGAUGCCAUUAAGGGAGCCAGUGUUGCAAAGGGUGUUAAAACGCUCAAGCAACGAACACAGACCAUGGAAGAAAUGGAAAAACUGCUCUUUAUAUGGAUAACCGAAAAACAGUUGGCGGGCGACCGCAUCUCCGAGAGCAUCAUUUGUGAAAAAGCUUUACAUUUGCAUGGCCAGCUCAUCGCAAACACUCCCGGAGCAAGUGCUGAGGCCGAGAGUUUCAAGGCAAGCAGAGGGUGGCUUGAAAAAUUUAAGAGGAGAAGUGGCAUGCACAGCAAACAUGGUGACGGUGCCAGUGGCAACAAAUUGGAUGCUGACCAGUUUGUUUUGGAAUUCAAAGAUUACGUUGAGUCGCAGGGCUUCGUUCCCCAGCAAGUUUUCAACUGUGAUGAGACGGGCCUCUUUUGGAAGAGAAUGCCAAGGAGGACCUACAUUACAAUGGAGGAGAAAGCAUUGCCAGGACACAAGCCCAUGAAAGACAGGCUAACUCUUUUAUUAUGUGCGAAUGCAAGUGGAGAUUUUAAGUUGAAGCCUUUGCUCGUCUACCAUUCUGAGAACCCCAGGGUUUUUAAGAAGAACAACGUCAUAAAGAGCAAAUUGCAUGUGAUGUGGAGGGCAAACAGCAAAGCUUGGGUGACCAGGCAAUUUUUUAUUGAGUGGGUUCAUGAAGUGUUUGGGCCAAGUGUGAAAAAAUACCUCCAGGACAAAAAUCUUCCAAUGAAGUGCCUGCUGCUUAUGGAUUAUGCUCCAGGUCACCCUCCAGGCUUGGAGGAGGUGUUGCUGGAAGAGUUUGCGUUCAUCAGUGUAAAGUUUUUGCCCCCCAACACAACAACUCUCAUUCAGCCCAUGGACCAGCAGGUCAUAUCUAAUUUUAAGAAGCUUUACACCAAAGCGCUGUUCCAAAGGUGCUUUGAGGUGACCUCGGACACAGAACUAACCCUAAGAGAGUUCUGGAAGAAUCAUUUUAAUAUCCUUCAAUGUUUGCAUAUUAUAGACAAAGCAUGGAGGGAUGUGACUCAGAGGACACUGCAGGCAGCAUGGAAGAAAUUGUGGCCAGAUGCUGUCCCAGAACAUGUAACGGAGGCUGUUGAAGAGGAUGCUCGUAUUGUUCAGGAUAUUGUGUCUCUGGGGAAUUUCAUGGGCUUGGAAGUGAGUGGUGCUGACGUGGAUGAGUUAAUGGAGGAACACGGGACUGAGCUAACCACAGAAGAACUCCAAAACAUUCUGAUGGAGCAGCAAAAAGUGGCAACUCAGGAAAUAUCUUCGGAGGAGGAGGAGGAGAGCAGAGAAAGUGUGUCUACUGCAAAAAUCAAAGAAAUGUUUGCAAAAUGGGCUGAAAUGCAAGCUUUUGUGGAAAAAUAUCACCCUGAUAAAGCUUCUGUGAGUCAUGCCACAAACACUUUCAAUGAUUUCGCUAUGUCUCACUUUAGACAAAUCUUAAAACAUCGGCAGAAGUCUCCUGUGAAUAUUUUUGGGUAAGGAAGAGAUCCAGUGAGGCUGGACCAGGUAGCAGUGGUGUAAAAAAAAAGCAAGGGAAGGAAUUGCAGGAGGGGAGACACUGAUUGUGAAUCUGGAUGAGGAUCCAAACAAUGACUAUCAUCAGUGUAGGUAACAAAAAAAAAGCACUUUUCAUUUUUUUUAAAAAAUUGUCAGUACGGUUUUAUUGAUUUUACAGUACAGUACAUUUUUAUUGCUUUCAUUUUCUGGAUCAAUGGUUUCAUUAGAUCAGGGGUCAGUAAAGUUUUUGUGGCUUGGGCCAGUUCACAGUCCCGCAGACGGUGCAGUGGGCUGGAGUGCACACACGCAUGCGCAAACACUAUUUCCAGUAGUCCUUCUGGCGCAGAGGAGGCGUGCGCAGUUUCCCAUUGGCUGCAGGAGGUUCCUGCAGCCAAUGGAAAGCCAGCCAGCGUCGCGUAAGGCGGUCCCCGCUCUGAUCUGCACCGGUUUAACACAGCGCACAGGAGCCAACCAAGUGGGUGGUCCAUGGGCCUUAGGUUGCCGACCCUUGCAUUAGAUAAAACUCAUGUUAAAGUACUGUUCUACGGGUUGUUUUUCAUCGUCUGGAACAGAUCAAUCAAUUUUCAAUUACUUUCUGUGGGAAAGCACGCCUCAGGUUAAAAAUGCUUCAGGUUAAGAACGGACUUCCAGAACGAAUUAAGUUCGUAACUGGAGGUACUAUAUAUCUGUAUUUCAAACAGACACUGUAUAUAGAUGUAACACGGGCAGAGGCAGAUCAAUAAACACAUACAUUUGAGGCUUACAUUUGCUAAUGCAUUAAAGUUGAUAAUUUAAAAAUAAAAAAUGUUUCAGACUUUUUGCUGGGUUUUCAUAUUUUAUUGUUCAUUAGCGAGGGGUUCAUCAAAGUAGGCCGUGUGUUGCUUGAUCCACCGUUUGGCUGCAGUUGCAGACUUUUCCAAAGACCUGAAAGAAGAGUUCCGUCCACAGAGGGGGCUUUGUGUCAGAGCUGUUUUUGCCACUGCUCCCUUCCCCCUGCAGUCUCAUGAGAAUCUGCUUUGGGAGGUUGGAGCAGCACAGAGGGCAGUGCAAGAGGGGGAAGCAUCACAUUCCGUAAGUGGAAGCGCCUGCUGGAUCAUGGUGCCUUCAGGGAGCAAAAGGAGCGCCCCUUCCAUCAAUGGAAGCUGCGUUGGGACAGAAGUAAUAGAAACAUUUGGGUCACUUGUGAAGUUCAUUGGCUGAUAACUGCUGUAUAUAGCACACCUAACAGCAAAACAGGGACCUGACUCAAAAGGAAAAUUGUGUCUUUGGAACAGCAGCUGCCCCAUAAUGAGAUCUAAGUUUUUCUGCAGACAGUGGCUAGACUUUGCCCAUCUCUGCAGUGUGGUGAAUUGACAGCAGCACUGAAGUGGCUUCAGGGCACAAGCCUGGGCAGUGUGUAUGGAGGUCCUGGGAUGCCCAGGUGGGGGGGGGAACCCCUCCCUCUGUCUCAGUGAUGUUCAAAUUUGCUCCAAGAUUUUAUGAGCAGGGCAAGGUAUGAAACUUCUUUGCAAAGUAAAAUGCUAUUCCUAUUUCAAAUGCUGCCAAUUUUAGGAUCAAAACCUUAUAUCUUUAAACAAUGGAAACAAGAUAUUACCAGCUUUAUCUGGAAUGGCAAACCUGCAAGAAUUAAAUACAAGUUAAUGAUCGAUACAAAAGGCAGAGGAGGUCUAUCUUUGCCAGACCUAAAUUUAUAUCAUGAUGCGGUGGGCUUUCUUUGGUUGAAAGAGUGGACUAUGCUAGACAAUCAUAAACCAUUAGAUCUGGAGGGGCAUGAAAAUAAAUUCGGAUGGCAUGCCUACCUGGGGGAAGACAAAAUAAAAGUGAAUAAAGGGUUUAACGACCAUGUUAUAAAUAUAUCCCUGUUGAAAGUUUGGGAGAAACAAAAGACUAUUAGAACCCAAAAACCCCAGAUGGCUGUCACCGGUCGAAAUAAUAACAGUGAAGAAGAAGAACUCAGAUGGGAAGUGGGGAAAAUAUAAAGAUCUAACAGAGGAAAAGGAAGGGAAGCUCAAAUUAAAAGAAUAUGAGGAAAUAAAACAUCUUUUGACGGGAUGGAUCCAAUUCCACCAGAUAAACAGUAAAUUUAAUAAGGAUAAAACACAAAGAGGAUUCUUGGAUAGACCUUCGCUGCUAGAGGGACAUCUAUUACAAAGU